UAACUACUAAAAUCGGAGAAAUAAGCGAUAGUUAACUACAUAGUUAACUAUUGGGUUGGCUAGGUAGCCGCUGACAAAUGGUUGUGGAUAACAGUUAGUUAACUAACUACAACUACAACAACUACAACUACAACUACAACUACAACUACAACUACAACUACAGCUCACCGUGGGUAUAUAGUGGUAUCCAAUUACCUCCUUCUCUCCAUUCAAAGCAUUCAAGAUGGUUGAUCCUCGUCCAUUCCAUAUCCUAAGCUACGGAACUUUACUUGGGGUCCAGAUCUAUCAGAGCUUCGUCUCGGGAAUCAUUGCUUUCCGAGUUCUCCCGCGCCCACAGUUCGCAACUCUCCAAGCUAAGACCUUCCCAACCUACUUCGCCCUCCAGACAGCUCUUCCAGUCGUAGUCGCCUUAACUGCCAGCCGUUCCGCCCAGCCGCUUGGGAUCUCGGGACUCCUGGAGCCAGAGAACCGGUUGAAUGUUGUCCUUCCAAUGGCAACAGCCUUUGUAACCGGGCUUGUCAACUUCCUCGUGUUGCGCCCGCUUACUGUCCAGACCAUGCAGGAGAGGAAGCACCAAGAAACCCGGGAUGGCAAGAAGAGCUACGACCCUGCCCCGCACUCCAAGGAGAUGGUCGCCUUGAACAAGAAGUUCGCUCGGCUCCAUGGCUUGUCCAGCUUGGUCAAUCUGGUUUGUAUCGGCGCUACUGUCUUCUAUGGGGUUGUUCUUAGCAAGAAACUGGAGUGAUGUAGCUUUUUCUAUGCUGUUUCAAUGGACCUCCUCCAAUGACUAAACUGUCACCUGUAACUAACUAGUUAGAUCAUAACUUCUUUAUGAUGUCAUCAA